CUGGCGCGCCGGUCCAUCGAGGCCCUCGAGCCCCACCGGCGCUAUUGGCUGCGUUGGGAGGGAUGCAGUAGCUCUCGUAGUCUGUACCUCAUGCCCGAAACGAGCACCCCGGUCUUGAUUGGCAGCCAUCUGAAACGGACGAGGCGACUCCUGCGCGCCUGGACGCUGCCGUUACCAGCGUUUCUCUUCUUCUGCCUGCCUGCCGCCAGUCUUCUGCCCGAGUCGGGCGCUGUUCCUCUCUCUCCACUUGCAUCCCCGCACGCGUCGUUCUGGGAGCCCUGGAGCAUGGUCAGCGCAGCACGCAUUCCUCAUCCCACACCGUGAGCCUCUGUACGGCGCACCCCACGCUUUGAUAUCGGAUUCGCGAUAGCAAUAGUA